AUGCCGGGGUCGGGCACCGGCGCUGCCGCGGACUAUAUUUGCCCACGGUGUGAAUCUGGUUUUAUUGAAGAACUUCCUGAAGAGCCAAGGAAUGCUGACAAUGAGACCAGCUCCUCUACGUCAACCAGCGAUCAGAGCAGGCAUCCGUUUGAGAACGUGGAUCAGCACUUAUUCACCUUGCCACAGGGCUAUGGCCAAUUCGCCUUCGGCAUCUUUGAUGACAGCUUUGAGUUUCCAUUCGGGUCCAAUGUGCAGUCGGAAGACAACAGGGACUCUGAGAACCGGAGGGAGCGAGAGCAUCAGUCUCGGCAUCGAUACGGUGCAAGGCAGCCCCGAGCCCGUCUCGCCACACGCCGUGCCGCUGGCAGGCACGAGGGAGUUCCCACGCUAGAAGGAAUUAUCCAGCAGCUGGUCAAUGGAAUUAUUGCACCUACAACAAUACCAAACCUGGGACUGGGUCCUUGGGGAGUCUUGCAUUCAAAUCCAAUGGACUACGCCUGGGGUGCCAACGGCUUGGAUGCAAUUAUUACACAGUUACUAAAUCAGUUUGAAAACACUGGACCGCCGCCAGCAGACAAAGAAAAGAUCCAGGCCCUCCCCACCAUAGAGAUCACACAGGAACACGUAGAUUCUGGGUUAGAGUGUCCUGUGUGUAAAGAAGACUAUACAGUCGGUGAAAAUGUCCGACAGUUACCCUGCAAUCACCUAUUCCACAACAGCUGUAUCGUCCCUUGGCUGGAACAGGACGGUCCGGAGCCGCCUGUGGGGCUCAGCUGACGAGCAUGGGGAGGAAGUGGGUGGAGAGGUGCUGCCGGCGCGUCUUGCCCCCUCGCUGUGGCCUGCCCUUGCUAUUGAGUGAGAGGAACAUGGGGCGGCCCCGGUGCCGCCAGCGCAGCGACGCGUAGGUGUUGUAGCCGUUCUCCUCAAUGCGCUCCGUGAACUUGCA